AGGGGCGGGGAAGGAGGAGACAUUUGCCCAUGUCAUAAAAAAACUACAAAAAAGUGAUGACCUGCAAUGCGGAGAGGACAAGGUUAACGCCUGUCUGCUUUUACGUUUACGAGGGAAAAGUUGAGUCACAUGUCAACCCCGGAAAUAGAGCAGCUGAAUGCAAAAUCGACACAAGCCGAAAGCCUUUGACUUAAAAAAAAACAACAAUAACCGAGUACUUUUACCUGUGCUCAUGUUCAAACUGCAGCCAAAGUUGGAUUUGAGCAGAGAUGUGGAGGCUGACAUCCUCAGGAAGGAGGCGGCGGUGUGCCGGGUGAAAGAUUACUGUGGUAAAGUGGAGAUUUUAAUCAUCAACAUUGAGAGAGAUGGGGGCAUCCUUUACUCCUGGAAGGGGUCGACGGGGACCACUCGAGUUGGCAAAUAUGACUCAGUCUCCAAGCAAAAUAAGCUCCUAUACACCUUCGACAAGCAGGUGUGUGUCAGCAGCUGCUCCCUAAACAAGGAGGAGACAUUAUUAGCUGUCAGUCUGACACAAACCAAGUGUGGCGAGGAGCACCUGAAACCAAUGUCAAAGUGCCUUACGCUCCUGAUUGAGAUCCAUCCCAUCAAUAACACCAAGGUGCUGAAGGCGGUGGACUGCAGGGUCAAAGUGCAGUUCCUUCAUCCAGGAACUGACCACAGAUCAGUGCUGGAGAGCCACCUGCUGCUGCUGACUGAAGAUGGAUAUGUGGAUCAAUACCAUGUCCUGCUGACCAGACAUGAAGGUUACAAAGUGCUGAUGGCCAAUCCUGAGCGUCUUUCCAAAACAGCCGAGCGGCUUGCGGAAGACUUCUGCUGGGUCCAGUGGGACGUGCACACGCAGAGACUCUACUAUGUCACCCACAUGGACAAGUUCCUGCUGCGAUGCGUGCAGUUCUACGACAACCACAACUGUGAAACAGUGCUGGAGCUUCCAUUAGAGCUGUGUGUGAAUCCCUUCAGCACCGUCAAGUUUGUCAACCUUGGUUUUGAUCACUUUCAUGUUGAGCGGCCAGAGCGAGUCAAGAUGGAAGUAUUCACAAACAGAAUAGGAAGCAUGUGCGUAUGCUACAGCCAGCCUUCUUGCAACAAACCCGAGCUGAAGUACACAGUGGUUUUAGUCCACAAAGACUGCAGCAAGACUUUCCGGGUCACUUUGGGCGACGUCACCCAGCUCCAUCCGCUCUUCAUGCCUAUAGGCUACUACGUGGUGGUAUAUUUGCACGCCUGCUUCCUGCACUGCAUCAACACCAGGCAGCAGGAGAUGCUCUGCCACUCCUUAUUCCUGUCUGGCAAGGAUGCAGUUUUAGGCUUCCCAUCAAAGUCUGGAAGGUUGGUAGUGAUGCAUGCAGAGGAGGAGGAGUCCAGCACGGCCGUGUUGGACCUAUUAAGCGGGACUAUCUAUGGCGUCCAGCUGAAUCCUGCUUACUUGAUGCAGAUUCUGCGAUCGGGCACGCCUUCCAGGAGGUCCAAGAACGUAACCGACGCUCAGCGGUUGGCUGCCCUUCACUGCCUGCUUCUUCACAAGGGAAGUGACCCAAACACGGAGACGGAGAUUAUUGAGUGGCUGUGUGACGACACAAUACUGGCGUCCUUCGACCAGAUCCAGGAGUUCAUUCUAGCAUCUUUGUACAGAAUAAGCUACAAGAGGUCGCUCAGUCUGGAUAAAUUACUGCCUUGCUCCUGUGUGUUUGAUAAGAAGGAAGUACCUGCUUGUCUGACGGAGGUUCCCGGUGUGCGGUGCACCACUGAGCUGCACACGGAGCCCGUUUUCACAGGGAAGGCCAGGAGUCUCCAGGGCUUCUGGUGCGAGCUGCAGUGGAACACCGAACGGACUAAAUACUUCGAUGCUGACCCCAACCCCAGAUAUAGAACCUCACACGCUCAGGCCGACUGGAUUAAACUGGUGACUGCGAGGCCAUCCAGUCACAUGACUCAUGUGUUGGACAACGCUAAGAAGGUUCUUUCCAUGGUGGACAACUGGCAUCUUGCGUCCACUCCAGACCGGAAGGUGGUGCCGCUUUUCCAGGAGGAGGACCACCACCAGAGGGUGCGCAUCGGCCUGACGGUGGAGAAGCUGCGAGAGCAUCUAAACACACAUCUGCCUCGCAUGGGCAAGAAGAAGAUAGACGCCCUGGUGGUCAGCUACGUAGCUAAACUGCUGGAGCUGAUCAGACGCAUGCUGGAGUCGGUGUGGCUGAAGCACAAAGUGGGCCCUCGUGUUCUGUGCCCCGCACAGCAGGCCGGUUCUGGCGAGUGCGCCGUGUUUCACUUCAUGCUCCGGAUCCUGGAAGCCACCGGGGGCCUCUGCUUGCCCCUCCCACCUGGCUAUCACACCCUGCUCGGAAUGUUCGCCGUGCGCUGCCUGCCACAUCACACAUUCCUACAAUACGUCGACCACGGAUUUCUUCAACUCACAGAAACCUUUGUGUCUCGACUCAUGACAGAUUUGGACAACAGUGAAGCCAAUGAGAAGCUGAAGUUCGGCGUUUUGAAGAGACUUCCUGAGGUCAAAAGAUUCUACCACAUGUGGGAUCAUCCCAUCAGUUCGGCUUCCAUCUCCAGAGAUUACGUGAGGAAUCUGUUGGGGAGACGCAACAAAAACACGGGAUUCGCAUUGACAAGCAGAGAAAAAGACAAAGCCGGCUUCAGACCAGACUUUCUCCCUCUCACAUACCUGGCCAAAGUCCUGUCUGAUACAGAAGAACAAGCUGUGAACCCCUUCGACGAACAGGAGAACGUCGACGCCACCUUUGUGGAGGAGACGGCUCUGAAACAGACACUCAUUCUGCUGGGCUUUGAAGGGAAAUGACAACAAAGUGAUGGAUGGAGGCUGUUGGACGACAAAUGGAAGAGCUUUAGAGACGUUCGUAUGAAAGCUUUAAGUCAGGAAAGAAAUUCUACAGCCCUGAACAGACACAAAUUUUCCAUUUUCUACGGCAAUAUAUCAACAGCAAUAACAUAGUCCAUACCGGCAUUCAUUUCACGUAUUAGAUCUAUCUACAGUAGUUACAGUGGUUAGCACGCAGGCCUCACAGCUAGGAAACCCGAGUUCAAUUCCACCCUCGGCUAUC